GGAGACAGGAUGCAUAAGAAGGAAAAUGUCCAUGUCAGGGUUCAAAGUCCAGCAGGAUUCAGAAGACCCAGCUUUACAAAUGCCAUUGAAAAUAGGAAAGACGCAAAUGACAACAAUGUGUCCCAGUUUACCCGAAGUCGAAGCUUGAGUUUCCAGGCUGCCAUUGAACGUGGACGAAGGAGCCCGGUUGAUGAAGUGGACUUUCUUUCAACCAGUCCAGAUUCCACUCCAGACAGACCAGAGUACCCUCAGUAUGUCCAGCAGGACAUGGCCUCAGCCUCCUCCAGGAAUGAUGGCAAGUCUGUCAGCUUCCACCUCUCCACAGAGGAGUACUUUGACAGUUGCAGUGAGCUCCCCGCCCACGACCCGGAUCCAAGGUACCAUGAGAGAACUGACACAACUCAGAGUACGGCACACGAUGUGGCUUUCUCAGCACAGAUUGCAAGGCAAACUUCUGUCCAGUCAGCAAGGAAGCUGUCAACUCUGAUUGAGGAGGAGUCAGAUCUCUCUGAGGCCCUGAGUGAUAAGAUGGGCACACCCAAACUGAUCAAACGCAUUGUAGAUGAGUAUGCCACGCCCACCAAGAACAGGUUUUGUGCCCAGAUGUCUGAAUCAGAUAACUUUGUCUCCUUUGAUCACACCAGAGAUUAUGACAAGAGUUCCACACCAAAACCUGGGGAGACAGAGACUCAAGUCAAGGAGACGAAGCCGGAGAGAGAAGCCAAGAAAAACAAGAAAACUAGUCAAGGUGACACUGGGCAGACACCUGAAAAGAACAAGGACAGGUCUAUGGAGAAAACAACAUUAGUCAUAUCAGAUUCUCCAAAGGGAACCAGUUCCAAGGCAUCAGAGAAGAAACCCCAGACAAGAGCUGAAGAAUCGCUUGUGGUGCCAAACAGUCCAGAGAAUGGUCUGGUGGAAGAACCUCGCCUUUCUCCUAAGGCUUCCCCCAAAUCCAAGCCACCAUCUAGACUGGCUAAACUGAGACAGAACAACCUGGCUAAGAAGCGGGAUCAUAUGCGCACAAUGAAACUACCUGAGCUACGAGAACUAAGUGAGGGAGAUAUGGCUCCCCCUGAGCUCCUGACGUUAUCAGAGAACACACUGACCCCACCCCCUCCAUCCCAGGACUCAGUCACGCCAAGUUUGCCUGAUGAGUUCCUGGAGAAACUGGGUCUGAAGAUGUCAUCACCUGAUGAGAAACUAGAAAAUGUUGAUGAACUUCCUGAAAAUGAGAUUGAAAGGAAGUUCUGCAGCUUGGCACUGGCCUUCAAGACCGACAAGUUGACCCUGGAAAAACGGAAAGGUAUCCAGGAGAGGUCUAGGGAUCUGGCAGAGGAGAAUGUGGAUAGAGAGCUUGGUGGGCUCAGAGAUGCAGCCGAGGAGCUCAACCAGUCUGUGACUGAUGCCAAGUUACGAGAUGUAAUACAGAGGAUCCAGGGUCACAUUGAAAUCCUGGAACAGUCAGCUGCCAAGGUGUCCAGUAGAGCGGAGGUGUUUGGUGCAGUUCAACAGGAAAACCGGAUGAGUACAGCCAUGGAAAUCAUGAUCACAUACGUCAACCAUCUCCGGUCUCUGUAUGACAAGGAACACACAGAGCUGGAGGACGCCAGAAAAAUUUUGCAAGACAAACCUUUUGGUCAGACAGUCCUUCAUGAUCUAGAUCGGUCCAAUCGGUCAAUGUCAGUUGCAGCCUUAACUGCCCCACUCAGGACAAGACGGAGAAGUGAGGUUGUCUUGCCGCGGAUGUGUGGUGGCGCAGGUAGCCCCCUUCUCAGACACUCAGCAUCAUUGGACUAUCCUUUCUUUACGGAAUCCAAGCAGCAUGGAGGCAGUAGAGAGAAUGUAACUGAUGAUGAGGAUCCCAGGCAGCGAUUCCAAGCAUUAGUGGGCAAUACGCAGAUGCGCAGUGCAGUAGCUACAACUUUUAGACGCGGCUCUUUAGAACGCCAAGCAAGUGUACAGUCUUCCAAGAGUUCCACUUUCUCACUGUCCAGAGAGAGUUCCACAGAAAAGAGCAAGGAGGGUAAGGAAAGUGGUCCACCAAAACAGGGUUCACAAGAAGAAGAGGCAUAUCAUAGAGGGUUUGAAGAUGGUGUGAAAGCCAAGCUAAGUCACGAGCUGUCAGACCUCCGUGAGAAACAGAACAAUAUUGGUCAAAGUCUGGAGGAUGUCAUGGACAAGGUGGAGAGGUCAAAGGAGGAAGAUGAGAGGGAGAAGGAGGAAGCAGCUGAAAGGCGAAUGAUGCAGAUGCGAGCCCUGGGCCUCCAUAAGCCAAGCUGGGACAAUGCGGGACAUACGUUUCGUAUGGCACUGGCUGGGCUCAUCUUCAUGAUAGCAGUGGGCAUGGUCAUCAUGACAAUACUCCCAGGGUCAGCGUCAGGCAUGGAGGUCCACACAGACGUCCAACAUUUCGGUGUGCCACCUGUAUAGAGCCUUGUACUUGCCUUGUCUUUCCCUACUGAGCUGAUGCCUAGCAAACCCAACAGUGAACAGUAUCUACCAUGAAUGGCCCCCAUCGACAUUUGGUGCCAACUCCAAUGUCUGUUGAUAUUAAUUAGCCAAUCCAGAAAUAUCAACAUUUCAUGACCUUGGUCAGGUUUGACUCUCCCAAUAGGAUGUUGAUCUAAGCAAGCCAGAUCAAUCUACUAUAGAUAAACUUGGUCAAUGGUCAGUAUAUCAUGUGGUUCCCAAUACCUGGGGUGGAGGAGGAUGGCAGAUAUCUAUGAUGCUGUUACUGCUUUUGAGGCUUGUGAAGAUUUUUCUGACCUUCAGUCGAAGUGUACCCUAAAGUUUGUGGAGAUCCCUGAUGAACAGCUCACAGAUUUGUUGAAGGUUACUUGUUUCUCAGGUUGUAUAGAUGAUAUAGUUUGUACUCUGUCAACAUGGUCAAGUGAAGAGACUGUAUAUUUCGAGCCUUGGAAGACUCACUGGCUAAAUGCUGUGAUUGUUUGCAUUCUAUUUAUUAGUCAAAUCCAAACCUAUUUAUAUGGCCUGUAAGUGGUAUGAAAUAGAAGAAAAGCUUAUAUAUCUGUGUAUAUUGUAUCAUAUUAUGCUGUACAAAAUAUCAAAUUGUCAUGAGAGUGAUAUUGUGUCAAUUCAAGUGUGUUGUUUUGUCUUCAGAAUCUUUCAAUCAAUUUGUUUACUGGAAUUCAGUAGAUUUUCAAUGGUUAUUCAUUUGGUAUUGAUACAGCUCUCAUAGUUUUACCUUAGUAUUUAAAAAAAAAUCAAAAAUGUUUUGCAAUGUUUCGAAAGAUUGUGCUAUGUCCUAGUUAAUGACUUGUUUGUUAUCUCAACCUAAGCAAUGACUAGCAGAUUCUGCUGUACCAGUGACCUGAAGUCAGAAUGAUUUUCUGAUGUAUUUUCUUGAAAGAAUGUAAUAUUUUAAGGUAGAAAAGAAAAGUUUAAGAAAUUUGAUUUCAUCAAGGCGUUUCUGUUAUCAAUAUAUUAACAUUAGGACUGAUGUUAUUGCAAGAUGGUAUCAGUCCACUUCACCUGAUGUUUUCAUGAAAAAUGCCAAAUACCUGUACGAGAAGAUGGUC